UAACAACCCCAUCACCUUGAUCCCCACUUUACUUCAAAAUAAUCCUACGUUUUAACUACUGCUUCUAUCUUCUUCUUCUUUCCCUUCCAUGAACACCAUCUCUGCAACUCUUUCUACUUCUCUUUGAGACAAGAAGGAUGUCUUCUGAUCCUGCUCCAUAUGCGCCGAGAAAGAUCCUCAUUACCGGUGCUGCCGGAUUUAUAGCCUCUCAUGUGAUUCGUAGAUUGAUCAAGGACUAUCCUGAUUACAAGAUUGUUGCCCUUGACAAGCUAGACUACUGCUCCAACCUCAAGAACCUUGCUACAUGUCGCGGCUCGCCGAAUUUCAAGUUUGUUAAGGGUGAUAUUGCUUGUGCUGAUCUUGUAAAUCACCUGUUGAUUGCUGAGGAUAUUGAUACGAUCAUGCAUUUUGCUGCUCAAACUCAUGUGGAUAAUUCAUUUGGGAAUUCAUUUGAAUUCACAACCAACAAUAUAUAUGGCACUCAUGUGCUUCUUGAAGCCUGUAAGGUCACAAAGAAAAUCAAGAGGUUCAUUCAUGUUAGUACCGAUGAAGUUUAUGGUGAAACUGAUAUGGAGACAGACAUUGGCAAUCCUGAGGCUUCUCAGCUUCUUCCUACAAAUCCUUACUCUGCGACGAAAGCAGGGGCUGAAAUGUUGGUCAUGGCUUAUCAUAGAUCUUAUGGCCUUCCUAUCAUUACCACUAGAGGCAACAAUGUGUAUGGCCCUAACCAGUAUCCUGAAAAGCUUAUCCCCAAAUUUAUUCUCCUGGCUCUCAAAGGAGAGCAGUUGCCGAUUCAUGGUGAUGGAUCGAAUGUUAGAAGCUUUUUAUACUGCGAGGAUGUGGCAGAGGCAUUUGAUGUGAUACUUCACAAGGGAGCUAUUGGACAUGUUUAUAAUAUAGGGACCAAGAAGGAGAGGCGAGUCCUCGAUGUGGCAGAGGAUAUCUGUAAGCUGUAUGGAUUGGAUCCUGAAAAAUCUAUCAACUAUGUUCAAGAUAGGCCUUUCAACGAUCAUCGAUAUUUCUUGGAUGAUCAAAAGCUCAAGAAGCUUGGGUGGCAGGAAAGUACUCCUUGGGAGGAAGGGCUAAAGAUGACAAUGGAAUGGUACACGAAGAAUCCUGAUUGGUGGGAUGAUGUAUCUGCUGCUCUUCACCCACAUCCACGCUUGAGUAUGAUUGCUCAAUCCAAUGAUGAUUCAUGGUUCUCUCAGAAGGGACUCAUAAGUGAUGCAAAGGAAGCUGGUAAAAGUGAUGGCAGUUCAGGACUAAAGUUCUUGAUAUAUGGCAAGACAGGUUGGAUAGGGGGGUUGCUAGGGAAGCUUUGUAAGGAUGGGGGCAUUGCAUUUGAGUAUGGUCAGGGAAGAUUGGAAGAUAGAAAGUCAAUUCUCAAGGAUAUAAAGAACAUAAAUCCAACCCAUGUGUUCAAUGCUGCUGGGGUUACUGGAAGGCCUAAUGUUGAUUGGUGCGAAUCGCACAAGGUAGAAACAAUUAGGACUAAUGUGGUAGGUACAUUGACUUUAGCAGAUGUUUGCAAGGAGCAUAAUCUCUUGAUGAUGAAUUUUGCAACUGGCUGCAUAUUUGAAUAUGAUCAAGAUCAUCAAGAAGGAUCAGGAAUUGGAUUCAAAGAGGAGGAUAAACCGAAUUUCACAGGAUCUUUCUACUCCAAAACCAAGGCCAUGGUGGAGGAGCUGCUGAGAGAAUAUGAGAACGUUUGCACGCUGCGAGUCCGGAUGCCAAUAUCAUCCGAUCUCAGCAACCCAAGAAAUUUCAUAACGAAGAUCACUCGUUACGACAAAGUGGUAAACAUACCAAAUAGCAUGACAGUGCUAGAUGAGCUCCUGCCAAUCUCAAUCGAGAUGGCAAAAAGAAAUUGCAGAGGAAUAUGGAACUUCACCAAUCCAGGAGUGGUAAGCCACAACGAGAUCUUAGAAAUGUACCGAGACUACAUCGACCCUGAAUUCAAAUGGAUGAAUUUUGAUCUAGAAGAGCAGGCCAAGGUGAUAGUAGCACCAAGGAGCAACAAUGAGCUGGAUGGUACAAAGCUGAAGAAUGAAUUCCCUGAAACGUUAUCAAUUAAAGAAUCAAUACUUGAGUAUGUAUUCAAGCCCAACAAGAAGACUUGAAACAUUAAAGCUGUUGUAACCUGCAAUUCUCCCCUGUUUCAUAAUCUUUUCUGAAUUAAUAACAUAAUAAAGUUUGUUAUUGUCA